AUGUCUGAUCCAUUUUCGGUCGCAGCUGGCGCCGUCGGUGUUAUUUCACUGGGCAUACAGCUGUGUAAAGAGAUCUCUUGCUGUACAAAGGCCUGGCAGGGCUACGAUGAAGAUAUCCAGAGCAUCGGCCUCAAAGCCGAGUCACUUAAAAUCCCUUUGAAGAGACUCCGAGAUCUGGUCGAGGACACCCGACUGACCGACCCUGAAAUUGCGACCGAUAUUAAUGAAAAGGCGAUGGGCCUCGACAGUCAGGUAAAAAGGCUUGAGAAGAAACUCAAGCUAAUCAAGCCUGUAUUCUCUGACAAACCCACCGACAAAUUCCGCAACAAGCUUAAAAAAGUUGCUUACCCGGUUGUCACGCAAGACUGUCUACAGGAUAUUCGGGGCAAUUUGGAUAGUAUGCAAUCGACGAUACAAAUGACAUUGGCUAUAUUCAAUGCCCAGCAGGCGCAGAAAUCUCAAGCCACGCAAGAAAAGAUGGUUCAACUGAUCGAAGAAAUGGUAACUUUCCUUACCUAA